UGCGAUCGCCAGUAGACGAUGACCACUCGGUGGAGUCGCAUCGUUCCACGUCGAUCGCGCUCAUAAAUCGCUCGCUCACUCGCCUGUUCGUUCACACUCGUCCGUUCGCUCUCACGAGACAGACAUGUGGGCGUCGUUGUUGUCGUCGGCAAUCGUCCUAGUCCUGCUAGUCGCCUCGCCGGCCUCCUGCUGGCAUGAUGAGUCAGGCUCCUGGUUCCAACCCACGAAGGGCGAAAUCUGGCCCGUGCCGAACUCACGAACGCUCAAGGAGGACUUCUACCUACUGCGACCGUCGAACUUCGAUAUCCGGGUAAACGGCGAGACGUGCGAUAUAGUGAUCGAGGCGGUAGAACGGUACACGAGAAUCAUCUUGACGGAAGCCAGAAUAGCCAGGCUGGUCACGGAAGGGCAGCCAAGAACGUCCGUCCGAGACGAUCCUCACUUCAAAGGCACUCUUGAGGCCCUAAGCAUCCGCCUUCAGCAACCUUGCGAGCAGAAUGGCGAGCAUUGGCCACACUUGCACAUGAAUGAGUCUUAUAAGCUUGAAAUAAACGAGACUUCGCCGAUCGCUGUUCUCCGGGCCGAAGCCGUCUGGGGAAUCCUACGAGGACUCGAAACCUUCUCGCAGGUGUUGGCUCCGUCCGGCGACGGUCCAACCUUGAAAGUGAAAUGCCAAACCAUCGUGGACCAACCGAAAUUGCCACAUCGAGGUCUCCUGCUGGACACCUCUCGCCAUUACUUGCCUCUCUCCGACAUCCUCUUGACAUUGGACGCAAUGUCGUACAACAAGCUCAAUGUCCUGCAUUGGCACAUCGUCGAUGACAACAGUUUCCCGUACCAAAGCACCAGAUAUCCCGAAUUGUCCGCCAAAGGCGCUUUUCAUCACUCGAUGAUCUACACGCCUAAUGACGUGCAGAAAGUAGUUGAUUACGCGAGGCUACGCGGCAUCCGAGUGAUGCCUGAGUUCGAUACACCCGGACACACCAAGUCGUGGGGGCUGGCUUAUCCGGAAUUGCUGACUAUAUGUUACGACUCCACCGGUAAGCCGAGCGGUAAAUUGGGCCCGAUGAACCCGACGAAACAGGCCCUGUACGAAUUCGUGCGCAAUUUGUUCUCCGAGAUCGUGCAGGUGUUUCCGGAUCAAUACAUCCACCUGGGUGGCGACGAGGUGCCCUUUAAUUGCUGGGCCAGCAAUCCGGAAAUUAUUGCAUAUAUGAAAGCGCACAAUAUGUCGAAAUAUGAGCUCCUGGAGAACGAGUACAUAGCGCAGGUGCUCGCGAUCAGCAAUUCGCUGGACGCCAGCACCAUCGUCUGGCAAGAAGUUUUCGACAACGGCGUCGUGCUGCCUACGACCACCGUGGUUCAUGUCUGGAAGGCACAACGUUGGCAGAAGGAGCUGGAGAGAGCAACGAUGGCCGGCCAUCCGGUCUUGUUAUCCUCUUGUUGGUACCUGGACCACAUCGACAGCGGCGGUGACUGGAUCAAGUUUUACAAUUGCGAUCCUUUCGACUUCGUCGGCGCAGCCAAUGCCACGAACCUGAUGCUCGGCGGCGAGACUUGCAUGUGGGGAGAAUUCGUGGACAGGAGCAACGUGCACCCCAGAAUUUGGCCGCGUGCAAGCGCAGCGGCCGAGCGUCUGUGGAGCUUCAAGAAGCAGGACAACAAUGCGGCCGCCCAACGUCUAGAGGAGCACGCCUGUCGUAUGAACAGACGCGGUAUACCUGCGCAACCACCAAAUGGACCGGGAUUCUGCGUGAUAUAGUGCGCACCCGCCGGUUGGCACUAAUCUUCUCGUUUAACCCACGUAUUACGUAAGCGCACGUUAAUGAGAAACACGAGCCGUCAUUUCGCAUUCAUUCAUCACUGUCGCAUCGAUUGUAUGUAACAAUAAAUACAAUUUGAGUUAUGAGAGAA